AUCACAGGCUCAUCCAUGUUUAUGAGACAUACCAGUAGUAGUCAUGUGUCAUUUUGUUGCUUGUCAAACAACAGAAUCAAGAUUGUUGUUACAGUUGGUUCAGGUAUAAUGCUUGUUGCCAUUCUUGGUCUUGGCUCUCUCUCACAAUUUUUAUAUUGUUCUCUGGCAGACACAUUUGAAGAUGAUAACUGCUUCACUCCUAAAAAGGAUGAUCUUGAUUUUGCCAGCAAUGUGAAGAAAAAAACAAAAGGAGCUAAAGAUGAUUUGGGAGAUUCAGAGAGUAGUGACGAUGAACUUGGUAACCUGGAUGAUGAUGAAGUUUCUUUAGGAAGUAUGAAUGAUGAAGAAUUUGAAAUUGAUGAAGAUGGAGGAACAUUCAUGGAUGUGUUAGAUGAUGAAAGUGAAGGCAUUCCAGAAUUUGAUGAAGUCAGUCCCAAAGCCAAUACUAAGAAAAGCAAGAGAAAAAGUGAAGAUGAUUUUGACUUUGUUGGGUCAUUUGAAGGUAAGAACAUGCUUUUAAUCUCUGUAAACCUAAGCAGCUUCCUUAAUAAAAGUAUUACUCAUUACAUUAUAGGAAAUACAUUGUUACAAAUAGUUUGAUGAAAUUUAGAAAAGUUUUCUUAAAGUGGUUGGUGGUUUCUUUUGGCAAGGAGGCUGGGGAGGCCAUCACAGCCCACAU